CAGUAGGCAACCUGGGACAUCAGCACUUAGUCUGCCUGUCAACUCCCCGCAUCAUAUCGGACAUCCUGUGAAGGACCGAAGAACAUCUCCACUAUGAAUCUCUUCUGUUUCUCUCUGGAAGGCUCCAUGGACAGUCUGUAUGAAAGGGUCAAAGACGAUGGAGAGACGCAUGUCUACACCGUCCCCAACAGAUCCAGCAGCUCAACUGACCUUCACAACCACCACAGCGCACACUGUACACGAGCCAUGUCUUUGGAUAUGUCACAAAUCAGCUCUACUCAUUCCAAGAAGAAAAGCAGGCAGUUACCGAACUCCAUGUCCGAAAGCGUUGCUUUGGUCGGAAGCGUGAAGCAACCUUAUUUCUGUAGCAUGAACGAAAAGGAGCAUCACAUGAUCUCUACCCAGGGACACAUCGACAUUUCUGUGCAGAUCUGUUCCAGAGAAAACUCUUUACACAGGGAUUGGAAUCUUCUGCAUCUCUCAGACUCAGAUGUUUGUCAGAAGUCAUUUCAGAAGAAUGGAAUAAACCCACGGUCUAAAGGGGGCGUGUCCUCAGGAGGGGCUCAUUCUCUAAACCCCUGCUGUUCGGAGGCAGGAAUGUGCCGUAGCACUGAGAUAGUGAUAUCUCAGUCAGAGAUAGAAGAUGCACCAGAAAUCACCAAGACUCGUCAUGAUGGACACGAGACACGAGCAUCAGCCAGGGAAAAUGCUAAAUCUCAAAGCUGGAGAUGUUGGACAGCAGGAGAUGGACAGACCAGCCCACAAUCUCAGGGAAAUUCCAGACUUUCCAUGAGACAGAGACCGAUUGAUGAGCUCUGGAGUAAUGCUCCAGCGUGGAGACCAAACCAGCAUGUCUGCCAUCAACUCCUCACCGAGUACCACAGCCAGGACUUCACCCUAAAGAGCACGCAUGAUGGUCGAGUAUCCUCACAUGCCGGAAUGGUGCGUUCCAUAACCAGCGUGGAUUUGAGCGUCACUGAUGUUGGUGCAGAGGUGGAAAAAGGAAUCAAAUAUUCCACUCAUGCAAAAGUAAGAAGUAGCUCAUUUAAAAGUGACUUUAAUUGAAAUGUAUUAAGUUUUAACAGCGGGGGUGUAGUGCUGGGUUCUGCAUCGCAGGUGUCUGUCUCAUCCGUCUCCAUCUUUCUUCCUUUG